GCUGGGAUCCGGCUGACCGCGCUCAGCCCAUUUCCCAUGUAAGGGAUCCGACGCGGUUCUCCGGCCCUUAAAAGCGACCUUGUUGUCUAGCCUGUAGGCUGCACUCUGCAGAGUGCAGAACUCAACUUCUUCCCCGCCUAUCCUCUCUUUCUCUCUCUCAAAUGGCUUCCACCUUCCCUUCUUCUCCACCCAUCGCCGCAUCCCACAUUCCUCUCCUCACCUUCCCACGCCCCAACUCUCUACUCACGUUCUUCAGUCCCUUCCCCACAAAACGGCGUCGUAAAUCCCGGAAAAUCACAGUCAAACACUCCCAUAAACCCACCAAGGACACCCAUCUGAUGUCCUGCAAUUUUGGCCCGAGGAAGACCUUUGUAGAAGCUCCCAGAGGCAAAAAAUCCCGGACGGAAGAAGGAAACUCAGUUGCUUCGACUGUAAAUGUUGUAGAAUUUAAGAGUAAUGUGUUUAGCUACAUUGCAAGGCCAAUUGCGUUUGCUUUGUUUUGCAUUGCUAUUGGGUUUUGCCCCAUUGGGAAGUUGCCAGUGCGUGCAAUUGCUGCGCCUGCUGCGGCAGAGGUCGCGGUCAGUGAGAGAGGGAGAGGAAGGGGGAAGAAUUCGAAAGAGUUGAAUUCAAAGGGUCAUGAGUACUCGGAUUUCACGGAGCAAUUGUUAGAGAAGGUGUCGGAUUUGCUUAGGAGAAUAGAAGAUGCUAAGACAGGUAAUGGAGAUGUGGUGGAUGUAGAGAAGGCGUUAAAGGAGGUUAAGUUGAAGAAGGAGCAGUUGAAGGGUGAAAUUAUGAGUGGGCUUUAUGCAGAAUUGAGAGAGCUGAGGAGGGAGAAGGCGGAAUUGGUUAAACGGUCAGAGGUGAUUAUAGAUGCAGUGGUGAAAGCAAAGAAUGAAGAGGAGAGGUCAUUGAGAAAAGGAGGUGGUGGGGAUGAGGUGAGGGAGCGGAUGUCAAAGUUGGAAGAGAGUGUAAACGGAAGUGAGAAGGAGUACAAUGAGAUAUGGGAAAAGAUUGGGGAGAUUGAGGAUCGAAUUUUGUGGAGGGAGUCAAUGGCCUUAAAUAUUGGUGUGAGGGAGCUUAAUGUUAUUGAGCGAGAAAGUGAGCAGUUAGUACGUGGGUUUAGACAGGAAAUGAGGCAGCAGGGUAUCAAGAGUGUGCCAAAAAACUUUUCUGCUAAGCUCUCUAGAUCUGAUAUUCAGAAAGAAUUGGAGACAGCGCAAAGAAAACACUGGCAACAGAUCAUUCUGCCUAGUGUUUUGGAAGUUGCAGAUCUUGGACCUUCCUUUGAUCCAGAUUCAAGGGAUUUUGUUAUGCGUAUAAGGCAAGCCCUUAAGGAUUCAGGGAAGAUGCAGAAGAAUCUGGAGGCUCUUAUAAGAAAAAAUAGGAAAAGAUCUGGUGAGGAAAAGCAUUUUGUUGUAAGAACACCAGUUGAUGAGUUUAUGAAAGGUUUUCCAGAAGCUGAAUUGAAGUGGAUGUUUGGAAAGAAGGAGGUUGUGAUUCCUAAUUCUGUUGGCCUCCAUUUGUUCCAUGGUUGGAAAAAGUGGCGUCAAGAAGCAAAGGCAGGCUUAAAAAGAAAUAUGUUAGAAAAUAGUGACCUUGGUAAAGAGUCUGUGGUCCAACGACAGGAAAGAGUCAUUUUGGACCGGGACAGAGUGGUGUUUAAUACUCGGUACAACGUAGAAAGAAAUCGAUGGGAAAUGGACCCAAUCGCUGUUCCUUAUGCUGUGUCAAAGAAGCUAAUAGAGAAUGCUCGAAUUAGGCAUGAUUGGGGUGCCAUGUAUAUUGUACUAAAGGGGGAUGACAAGGAAUAUUUUGUUGAUGUCAAGGAAUUUGAAAUGCUAUUUGAAGAUUUUGGUGGGUUUCAUGGUUUAUACUUGAGAAUGGUUGCCUCUGGUAUUCCUGCAGCUGUUGAAUUAAUGUGGAUUCCUUUCUCAGAGUUAGAUUUUCAGCAACAGUUUCUCUUGAUUAUGAGGUUGUCUCAUCAGUGUUUGAAUGGAUUAUGGAAGACUAAAAUUGUAUCAUAUGCAAGACAGUGGGUUUUUGAGAAAAUAAAAAAUAUAAAUGAUGACAUAAUGAUGAUGAUUGUUUUUCCCAUCGUGGAUUCUAUCAUCCCUUUUCCGAUGAGGAUGCAAUUGGGGAUGGCAUGGCCAGAAGAAAAAGGUCAAAUUGUUGACUCAACAUGGUACUUGAAGUGGCAGUCUGAGGCAGAGACUAGUUUUAAAUCUAGGAAAACAGAUGACAUCAACUGGUUUUUAUGGUUUUUAAUUCGGAGCAUCAUAUAUGGAUAUGUGUUGUUUCAUGUGUUCCAGUUUAUGAAGAGAAGAAUUCCAAGAAUUCUUGGGUAUGGGCCCUUACGUCGAGAUCCAAACCGGCAGAAAUUACAAAGAGUGAAAUACUACUUUAAAUAUAGGGCAAAGAGAAUAAAAGGAAAGAAGGAGGCUGGCAUUGAUCCAAUAAGAACAGCCUUUGACAACAUGAAGAGGGUAAAGAAUCCACCAAUACGAUUAAAAGACUUUGCAAGUAUUGAGUCUAUGAGAGAAGAAAUUAAUGAAGUUGUGGCAUUUCUACAGAAUCCUCGUGCAUUCCAAGAAAUGGGAGCUCGUGCACCCCGGGGAGUUCUUAUUGUUGGUGAGAGGGGAACAGGAAAGACAUCCUUAGCACUAGCUAUAGCUGCAGAAGCUAAGGUGCCAGUUGUCGAAGUUAAAGCCCAACAAUUGGAGGCUGGACUUUGGGUCGGUCAGAGUGCAUCCAAUGUCAGGGAAUUGUUCCAGACGGCAAGGGAUUUGGCACCCGUAAUCAUAUUUGUGGAGGAUUUUGACCUUUUUGCUGGUGUUCGCGGCAAAUUUAUCCACACUAAAAAGCAGGAUCACGAGGCAUUCAUUAAUCAGCUUCUUGUGGAACUAGAUGGGUUUGAGAAACAAGAUGGGGUUGUCUUGAUGGCAACAACUAGAAGUCUUAAGCAAAUUGAUCAAGCUUUACAGCGGCCUGGUCGGAUGGAUAGAAUAUUUCAUCUUCAACGGCCAACUGAUGCCGAAAGGGAGAAAAUAUUACGCAUUUCUGCAGAGGAAACCAUGGAUGAUCAGCUCAUUGACUUUGUAGACUGGAGAAAGGUUGCAGAGAAGACAGCUCUUCUACGGCCUAUAGAGCUGAAACUUGUUCCUGUAGCCUUGGAGGGUUGUGCUUUCAGAAGCAAAUUUCUCGACACGGAUGAACUCAUGAGUUAUUGUAGCUGGUUUGCGACUUUGAGUCGCUUUGUUCCCAAGUGGAUAAGGAAAACCAAGAUCAUGAAGAAGAUAAGCAAAACUCUGGUAAAUCAUCUUGGAUUGACAUUGACUAAAGGGGAUUUGCAGAAUGUGGUUGAAUUAAUGGAGCCAUAUGGUCAGAUAAGCAAUGGAAUGGAACUUCUGUCUCCUCCUGUUGAUUGGACGAGGGAGACCAAGUUUCCACAUGCUGUCUGGGCUGCUGGUCGGGGUCUCAUUGCUCUUCUUCUACCAAACUUUGAUGCUGUUGAUAAUCUAUGGCUUGAGCCAUUAUCUUGGGAGGGCAUUGGAUGUACAAAAAUUACUAAGGCAAAAAAUGAAGGUUCCAUGAAUGGGAACUUAGAAUCCAAAUCAUACCUUGAGAAAAAGCUUGUGUUUUGCUUUGGCUCUUAUGUUGCGGCCCAACUGCUACUUCCGUUUGGAGAAGAAAAUUUUCUUUCAUCUUCAGAAUUGAAGCAGGCACAGGAGAUUGCUACACGGAUGGUUAUUCAGUAUGGAUGGGGACCUGACGACAAUCCUACCAUCUACUAUCAUAGUAAUGCGGUAACAGCUUUGAGCAUGGGCGACAACCAUGAGUAUGAGAUGGCUGCUAAAGUUGAAAAGUUGUAUCAUUUGGCAUAUGAUAAAGCAAAAGAAAUGCUUCAAAAAAACCAUAGAGUGCUUGAAAAUAUUGUGGAUGCAUUGCUUGAGUUUGAAAUCUUGACAGGAAAGGAUUUAGAACGAAUGGUUGAAGUAAAUGGUGGGACUCGAGAGAAGGAGCCAUUUUUCCUUUCAAAAGUUAAUGACAAAGAGCCUGUUUCCAGCACCUUCCUUGAAAAUGAGAAUGCAUGGGGAACUACUUUUUUGGGCACAACAGCCUAGAAUUAAAAAAUAUCCAGCUCCGAAAGUCAUGUUUUAUGGAGUUGCAAGAGGAAGGCCAGAUUUUGCAUGAGCUUGGGUGCCUUUCUUAUGUUCCAUUUUUUUUUUUAAAUUUUUUGGAACAGUAGAGACAUAAUGUAAGUUCGUUGUACAGGAAGUAGUUUUGGCACUUUGGAGGUUGAGAAGAGGCAUCCCUUUUUUUCCUUUUCAACCAUCACCAGUAUUGUAAUUUGGGUUCUGCAUCAUGUGCUUCAAUAGCUCAAUUUGUAUUUUUGUAUUGUUUGUAAAAUAGAAUGGAUUCAUAAACUAAACGUCUUCUGUUUCUUUAUGAUGUUUAUCCGUUUUUAUUCACAUUCCAAAUUAAUUAAUAAAUUUGUGGAAGUAAACGUUGUUCA